CCUCGGUUCGCUUCCUUCGAGGUUGUUUUAGUUCGUUGAUUGAAGGAUUGCAAUCAUGUCCCAAACAGCGACUAUCACCCACACCGAGACGGUGCCUAAGCGUCUUAAUGUCACCAAGGACUACGAAAUCUAUACGAUCGAUGAAUUAAUUCGGCAGCGUGCGGAAGAAUUAAAAAAUGCACCGCUCAUAGGUUUCCCAAAGGAGGGUUUGACGGACUACGAAGAGCAUUCUGCUUCAGCUGUGGAUAGAUAUGUCAACGCCGCAGCAAACGCCUUCAUCGCGAGAGGCCUCCCCAAAGUGGAUGGAACUCUCGACCAAUCUCCAACUGUUGGUCUUAUUUCCAAUUCCGGAUUGCCGGUUAUCAUCACGAUUUUGGCCUUGAACAGAUUAGGAUAUGCAGUGCUCUUGCUCUCGACCCGACUUCCCAGCAACGCCAUUGUUCGAUUAUUGGACUUGAGCAAAUGCAAGGCUGUAUUGGCCACCUCACAGUUCAGCGCUGUCAUGGCAGAAGUGAAAAAAGAGCGUGAUAUCGCCGUGCUCGAUGCCCUUACACAGAAAGAAUUCUACAACGUCAAUGCACCCACAAUACAUCGCACAUACAACCCGCACAAGGAGACACUCAAGAACGCAGUCAUCAUCCACUCAUCCGGAUCAACUGGACUUCCCAAACCAAUCUACCUCACCAACCGAAGCUGCAUUGGUACAUUCGCGACAAAUUUCAACUUGGUUGGCUUUACCACUUCACCACUCUUCCACAGCCAGGCCUUCUACGAGACCUUCCGAUGCAUCUACUCCGGCAAGCCGAUGUACUUCUGCAAUUACAAUCUUCCAUUGACAAAGCAAAACAUCAUCACCAUGAUCAGCCACGUGAAGCCCGAGCUUUUCGUCUGUGUGCCCUACAUUCUGAAACUACUUGCAGAUUCGCAAGAGGGCAUCGAUCUUCUCAAAAGCGUCAGCUUCGUCAUGUACGGCGGCAGUGCUUGUCCAGACGACCUAGGAGACAAGCUCGUGCAGAACGGCGUCAACCUCAACGGUAACUACGGCGCAACAGAAACAGGUCGCGUGAUGACGACCGAGAGGCCGAAGGGCGACAACGACUGGAGCUAUUUCCGCAUCCUGCCCUCGGUGAGGAAAUUCGUUCUCAUGGACCAGAUCGCGCCGGGAAUCUACGAGUGCGUCGCACUCGACGGCUUGCGGUCGAAGAGCACCACCAACUCUGAUGACCCACCUGGGUCGUUCCGCACGAGGGAUCUUUUCGUCGAGCAUCCUACCAGGCCAGAUCUGUGGAAGUACGUUUCUCGGUUGGACGACAGGCUUACGCUCGUCAAUGGCGAAAAGGUGUUGCCUAUCCCGAUCGAAGGGCGAAUCAGGCAUGAGACGAUCGUCCAGGAAGCUGUCGUCUUCGGCGACGGAAAGAGCGUGCCAGGUCUGAUUGUCGUGAAGGCCGAUGAGGCCGCCGGUCUUUCAGAUGAAGAGUAUCUAGACAAGGUCUGGCCGGCGAUCGAGGACGCCAACUCCCGAGCGGAAAGCUUCUCUCGCAUUCCCAAGGAGCUCGUCGUCGUUCUCCCCGCCGACACCGCCUAUCCCCGUACCGACAAGGGAACCUUCAUCCGCGCUCAGAUGUACUCAAAGUUCAAGAGCUAUAUUGAUGGUGCGUACGCUAAGUUCGAGACCCAAGAAGAGGGUGGAACGCUCGUUUUCGAGCUGCCUCAACUGGAAGAGUAUCUCCUGGAGCGGUUCCAGAAACAUGUGGGAGCGGAGUUGGACUCUGUCGACUCGGACUUCUUUGCCUAUGGAAUCGACAGUCUCCAGUGCAUGAAGAUGUGGAGUCUCCUGAAGAAGGAGCUCGAUCUCGGCGGCCGUCAAGCAGAGCUAGGCCAGAACAUCUUGUACGAGACCGGAAGCGUGAGGAGCCUAGCUCGUCAUCUGAAUGGGCUCCGCGUAGGAGAGUUGGAGAACGCAAAGGACGAGUAUCAAGUGAUGAGGGAUCUGAUCUCCAAGUACUCUUUCACUCCUUUCAACCGGAAACAAGCCACCAAGCCAGAGAAGGAGGUCGUUCUUUUGACUGGUGUGACUGGUGGCCUUGGAGCCCACCUCCUCUCCCAGCUCGUCCGCAAGCCCAACGUCUCCGCAGUAUGGGCCUUCAUCCGCGCAGGAUCCGACGAAGCAGCCUCCCAACGCCUUGCAUCCUCCCUGGCCCAGCGCUCCAUUCAGCUCACUCCCUCCGAGCUCGCAAAGGUGCAGGCCGUCUCCUCCGACCUCAGCAAAGACGAUUUCGGCCUCGCGCCCGCCCGUCUCGCGGAACUCCGCUCCAGCCUCACACUCGUGAUCCACAGCGCCUGGGCCGUUAACUUCAACAUUUCCGUCUCGAGCUUCGAAGCCCAACACAUCAGCGCCGUGCACCGCCUCAUCUCCUUCUGCCAAUCGACGACGCACGACGCCGGCGCCGCCCGCUUCUACUUCUGCUCUUCCGUAUCUUCGACUGGUGGAACCCCUAAGCCCGGCGUCGUCGCCGAGCGCUCCGUCCCAGACAUCCGACACGUCCAGGGCACUGGGUACGCGCGCUCCAAGUACGUCGCAGAGAACAUCACGACGAACGCGAUGCGGGACGGCGGUGCCUUCUCGCGCAACCUUCGCAUCGGUCAGCUCGUCGGCGACAGCAAUGUCGGAGAGUGGAACACGACGGAGGGAAUCCCCCUGAUGAUCCAGACGGCCGUCACGCUGGGUGCGUUGCCCGCGCUCGACGAGGAGAUGACCUGGUUGCCUGUCGACUACGCGGCGGGCAUCAUCCUCGACGUAACUGGCGUCAACACCAAUGGCGAGCGUUCUGAGGCCGGAGAGCAGGACCCAGACUUGGUUUACCACGUCUUGAACCCCACGCGCUUCCACUGGACGCGCGAUAUGCUCCCGGCGCUCGCUGCCGCGGGACUCAAGUUCGAGGUUCUGCCGACAAGUGAGUGGAUGGAGAGGCUCCGGGCAAAUAGGGAUCCUAAGAAGAACCCGCCGAUCAAGUUACUGGAUUGGUUCGAGGGUAAGUAUGGACAUGGUGCGCCCAAGACGCCGAGUAAGGGACCGCUGGCGCAUGAGACGAAGUUGACUGCGAAGGAUAGCGAGACUAUUGGCAGGGUGCCCAAUGUCACGGAUGUGAAGUAUGUGAAGAUGAUGAUCGAUAGGUUGAUGACGCAUUGGACUGAGGAUGCGGCUGCCGCAUAG